AAAAUGUCACCCGCAUUAUAGGACCCUGAGGUUGCCGCACAUCAUUUGCAGCAAAUACUCUGUACUCGUAUUAUCUCUCGUCGUUCCACUUGAAUCUUCAGCAGACCUCCAUUACUCUCUGCUCUCUCUAUCCAAAUUCGUUUCUCAGGUUAUUUUCCCAUUUCCGGCAGAUUAGGGUUUCAAGUUGUUAUUACAACUGUGAUUGUGAUUAUGAGGGGAAGAAGUUACAGCCCUUCACCCCCUAGAGGUGGCUACUCCAGAAGAGGACACAGCCCCCCUCCUAGGGGUCGCUAUUCUGGCCGCGGUAGAGAUCCUUCUACUAGUUUAUUAGUUCGGAAUCUCCGCCACGAUUGCAGACCAGAAGAUCUCCGCAGGCCUUUUGGUCAGUUUGGUCCGCUCAAGGACAUUUACUUGCCUAGGGAUUAUUACACCGGAGCGCCUCGUGGAUUUGGUUUCGUGCAAUAUGUUGACCCUGCAGAUGCUGCUGAUGCUAAGCAUCGGAUGGAUGGCCAGAUUUUUCAAGGUCGUGAAUUGACAGUUGUGUUUGCUGAGGAGAACAGGAAGAAGCCGACUGAGAUGAGAGUAAGGGAGCGGACAAGCAGUCGGCAUGACAGAAGACGUUCUCCUCCUCGUUAUUCCCGUUCACCGCGGUAUUCUCGUUCUCCUCCACCACGCCGUGCCAGAUCUAGAUCUCACAGUCGUGAUGACUAUUCGCCUUCUCCCAAACGAAGACACUCACGGUCUAUUUCACCCAAAGAUGGAAAGCUGAGUCGGGAAAGGUCUUAUUCUCGAGAGAGUCGUGGCAGAUCGUAUUCUCGUUCACCGCAAUCUCCUAAAGUUGCUAAAAGUCGAAGCAGGAGCCGAACUCCUGUUAGGAGUCCAAGCCGAGACAAAAGCAGGAGCCCAUAUCCUGAAGAGCAUCCCAAGGAGCAGAACAGAGAGAGAUCUCCUAGUCAGUAGGCUUCUUUAUUGAUGGUACUUUCUGUGUUGCCAGUCUAAUCGAUAUCUGUUGUUGGCAACUACCUGAGCUUAGAAAAGUCGUAGUAGUAGUAGUAAUGCCUAAUGCCUCUCAUAUUAUAAACAUAUGACUAUCAUCCUAUAGACUGGGAUUGUAGGUUUCUUAUGCUCUUUUUAUUGGGCUAAACAUAUGAUGCUAUCUGGCUUUACUGAAUUUGCUUUAAUGGUGCUGUAAUGGGUGAGAUUUGAAACCUAAGAAUUGAAAAUUUUAAGUUAUAAUUUGGAAAUUUAAGAAAUGGUUAGAGGCAUGGAGCAAUGAUUUCA